CAAUAUAAGCUAGGUUUUUAAUGCAGCGGAUAAGAAAUAAUAAAACAACUUCGUUGGGAAAGUGCCUGUAGUAAAGAAGGUUUUGACAUACAAAGUUUGUGUAUUUUGAAUAAACAUUGUAGAUUCAUUCAAUUAUUUCGGAAAUAACUUAAUUCUUUAUUGUGGUGGUUAAUGCCUUAACUUAUUUAACUCUCUAUUGCUGAGAUUCAUGAGUGGACAUGAGUAGUGUGGUGCCUCAGUUGAAAGUGAAACAAGUUUGCGUUGUUUUUUUUUUCCAAACGUCUUUGUUCAAGAUUUAUGGUUGAAAUUCACAAGGUGAAUGGUCAUUUCAAUAUACAAUUAGAGAUUUUCAGACAUGGAGGCGAAUCCAUGAAUGUUUUCUGGCACUUGUACCUGGUAUUCUCAUGGAGUUGUUAUAGCUACGUACAAUAACAAAUAGCAUUGUUUUAUUUUAAUUCCUAAGAAACCUUUUUCACCAAUGUUCUAAUUACUCACCUCAUAAUGUCUAAGCGACAUUUGACCUAUUUUUUCUCACCUCGGACACCUAAUGAAUUGUUGAUCAGAAUGAUUCUCAUACUGCUACCUGCUGUGGUACUCUACCUCACAGCUGGACUGAAUCCUCGCAGUGUUGGUCAUGUAAGUACCAGCAGAAAGUCAAACGAUGUGUUAUCAACGCAUCGAAAAUCUUACGCAAAUAUAAAUGCAACUAGGAAGGAAACCACAACUUUAAGUCUAGGAUUCUUCAAGAUUUAUUCUAAAACUGACAUCGCAAUCCCUUUAUCCCUAACCCUAACUAACGCUAACACACAAAUAACAACAUCAAGGAAAGUAACGCAAACAGCUAGCCAUGGAGGUGUCCAACUUGACGACAACAGAACACUUCCUGCCACAGUGGUGCUCAAUACAGCUGUCACGCCGUACGUGCCUCCGAAAAAUUUAGAAUUUUCCUACGACAGUCCUAUUAUAAGCACAUUUAAACUGCAGGCCGGAAAAGCAACCAAUGCAUCAGACAUGUCCAUAAAGUCAGCCUGUCCGUUUCCUAAGCUAGAACUCAACGAUCCGGCCAUCAUGCAGUUUUAUGUCAAGCACAGCAAGGUGGUGUGUGACUGGGAGGAGGACUGGGUGACACUUCGUCAGGGCGUAGUUCGUAUCACUGGGACAGCCUCGAAGAAAUACUCCAACAUCACGUGUGACCUCUACCCUCUAGUGAAAGAGAGUGACUUCAAAGUAGUAGAGGCUGAGCCUUUAAAGAAUGUGAAGAACGGGACAAGAAUCUUUCAUGAUUUCUACAAAGUAAGCUGCCUGGCCGACGGUGGUGCCAAAUAUCGUAACUGGCAUGCGGGUGUAAGACAAGAUGACCUCAUUCACAAACGUCAAGCUCGUAAAGCUACAAACGGCCUUAAUCUUGACGUCAUAAUAUUUGGCCUGGACUCUGUCUCGCGGUUAGCUUGGCUUCGACAUCUCCCGCUGACCAGAGAUUAUUUUGUAAAAGUUUUAAAUGGAAUAGAAAUGGAGGGUUACAAUAUUCUUGGUGACGGUACGCCCGCAGCCCUGACACCACUUCUAACAGGCUACAGAGAGGAUGAACUGCCUGAAGCAAGGAGAGGCUACCCUGGCGCCAAGCCUGUUGACGACUUCCCUUGGAUUUGGAAAGACUUCAAAGAGGCUGGUUACGUCACGGCCUGGGGGGAAGAUACAGCUCACCUUGGGACAUUUCAGUUUAGAUUAUUAGGUUUUACUAAUCAACCCACGGAUCACUAUUAUCGUGAUUUCCCCCUGGCUACAGAGCCCUACUACUAUGGUCACUUUCCCAAGUUUUGUGUCGGUUCCAAGCCUCGCCACACAAUCUUUCUGGACUACUUCAAAGACCUGCUCCAUGUCUAUCAGGACAAGAGAAAGUGGCUGUUUUUCUUUCACUCGGAGAUGUCGCAUCAGGAUAACAACUACUUAACUCAAAAUAUAAAAAAAAAACGUUUCAUACAGUUGGACGAGGACAUUUUACAGUUUUUUCAAGAUAUACACAAGGGAAAGCACUUAGACAACGCAAUUUUAAUAAUGCUUGCCGACCACGGGGCCAGAUUUAGCAAAGUGAGGGCCACUGCGCAAGGUAAACAAGAAGAGAGAUUACCUUAUCUAGGAAUAAGGUUUCCAGAAUGGUUUGCUACAAAAUUUCCAGACAUCAUAUCAAAUGUAAGAAAUAACAUUCAAAAGCUAACCACCCCAUUCGAUGUUCAUGAGACUCUGCAUGAAAUACUCAACUUUACAGGGACAGAAAAAGCCAAUAUCACUAAGAGGGGUGUCAGCUUGCUUAAACUUAUACCAGAUGAAAGAAAUUGUGAUUGGGCUCAAAUAGAUCCUCACUGGUGUGCAUGCCUGGAGUGGACCAAGGUCAGUCUGGACAGCCGAAUUGUCAAAAAGGUCAUCAGAAAAAUCGUCCACACUUUCAACAAUUACACCAAACCUUUUCGAAAAGAUUGCGCGGUCCUUAAACUUCAGAACAUCACGUCUGCUGUGAAGAUGAAGGUGAAGGACGCAGUGUUAAAGUUCAGAGAUACAAGCGAUGGAGGCCGAGGUCGUUUCGGUAAAAUGGACGACACCACGGAACUAUCACAAGUGCUCUAUCAGGUUGUUCUUACAACCAAACCUGGUGAUGGAGUGUUUGAAGUGACAGUAACACAUCAUUUGAAAGAGAACAAAAUGGAGGUGAACAAGAAAGACAUCAGUAGAACCAACAAAUACGGAAAUGCCAGUCACUGUGUGGUCAACAAGGAACCUUUUCUUAGACCCUAUUGUUAUUGUAAGGAUUUGAUAAAGUCGUAGUUGGAGUCGAUGAUAAAUGUUAUAAUUUUCCCAUAAAAUAUAAAAUAGUAUGAUUAAUAUUUA